AUGAGUGAAGACAUUUUACAUCGCAUGCGUAGAAUAAAUGCUAAUCCCAACAUUCAAUUUACAUCAAAUGUAUACAAGGAAGCAUUGAUUUUAAUUGAGGAUGUAUGUUUGACAAUAGCCAACAAAUCACUGACAGAAUUGGGAAUGAUUGCUCCAAAUAGAUCUGGUAAUGACAUUUUCGAUCGUGAUAUACGACGAGAAAUGCACUUCGAUGUUAAUGAAUUACAAACAUUUGUUCGAAUUAAUCUGCCGAAAUUGGUAUUAGAACAACGAACAGCAUAUGACACAAUUAUAAAUGCAAUAUCUAACAAGAGUUGUGGUUUAUAUUUCUUAGAUGCACCUGGAGGCACUGGCAACACUUUUCUUAUUUCAAUUAUUCUGGCAACUAUAAGAUCACAAAAUAAUAUUGCACUUGCUACUGCAUCAUCUGGUAUCGCAGCAACUCUUUUGGACGGUGAUCGAACAGCACAUUCAGCAUUGAAUAUGCAGGUAAUUGAAACUCCAACAUGUAAUAUUAGCAAAUAUUCUGGGAUCAUGUCAGCUUAUAAUAUGGGAUGA